GACAUCGCGCCAUGAUAGCACGUUAUGCACUUUUGGCACAUCGUGGACCUGCCAUUUAUCACAUACGAGUAGAAGUGAAUAUACCUGGAUCCCACACUAUUAAUCUACACAAUUUUGCAGUAACCAUCUAACGUUUAUCUUGUCUGCCUGGGAUUCGUCCCUUUUGUCGCUUUCACAGAAUUAAUGUUACGGUCGGAUGUCUGGAGACGUCAUUUCGUAGCACUAAAAGGUUACGUGACGACCACGAAGUUUCGCUACACCGCCAUGUCUUCGAAGGCUAGGGAUCAGGAUAUCGGAGUAGAGGAGAGACGGUCGGUUGAUAAAUCUGGGGUUGAGGAGCGAAGAGACUCCAAGGAGGGUUCGGCUAGGUUGGAUCUGAGUGCGGAUCAAGAUGAUGCUGCUGCCAUUCCAAAAGGGACGAUCGAUCCGGUUUACGAAAAAAAGGCCAGGGUUCUGAAUGCGGCGGUAUGUUUGAUUUAUUAUUUACCAUGAGACAUGAAAUCGAAUAUGUGGUUUGCUGACCAGGAUGAUUGAAUCGGGGUAGAUUCAAGAAAUUGGCAUGGGCUGGUAUCAAUGGCAACUCUUCAUCGUUGUGGGAUUUGGAUGGGCAAACGAUAAUCUGUGGCCUAUUGUUACUUCUUUGAUCUGUAAGUCUCUGAAACAUGAAGCAUGGCAUGGUAACCGAUGAGUUCAGUUACGCCUAUUGCCAAUGAGUUUAAACCUUCUCGACCUCCUCUUCUCAGUUUGGCUCAGAACAUCGGUCUCCUGGUUGGCGCGAUGUUUUGGGGUUUCGGUAAGUCUAUAAUUUCACACUUGAAUAUUUCAAUCUAAACACAAGCUCAUUCUUUGCAGGUUGUGAUAUAUUUGGUCGUCGCUGGGCCUUUAAUCUCACUCUUGGAAUAACAGCAAUCUUCGGGAUGGUGGCAGCUGGCUCGCCAAACUUCGCGACGAUUGGCACCUUUGCAGCUCUGUGGUCCUUUGGCGUUGGUGGAAACCUUCCAGUGGACUCAGCCGUCUUUCUAGAAUUCCUUCCAGGAUCUCAUCAAUAUCUCCUUACAAUUCUUUCUAUUUACUGGGCUGUAGCUCAGGUAAUUGCAACAUUAAUUGCUUGGCCCUUGCUAGGGGACUUGACUUGUCAGCAGAAAGCGGCAACCUGUACCAGGGAAGAUAAUAUGGGAUGGCGAUAUUUUGUUAUUACCAUGGGAGGCAUCAGCUUGAUCGAAUUUAUUCUGAGAUUUGGAUUUUUCACUAUUCACGAAAGCCCAAAGUAUCUCAUGGGAAAGGGCAGAGAUGACGAAGCCAUCAGGGUUGUUCAUGAUGUUGCGAGGAGAAAUGGAAAAACUUCUAGCUGUAAGCAAUCCUCGUUCUGUCAAACCUUGCAAAACGACUAACUAGGUAAGCAGUAACAAUCGAAGACCUUCAAGCUUGUGAAGCUCCAGGUACAGCUCAGCACACAAACGCAUCAGCAGCUCUAAAACUCAACCUCGAAAAGAUCAAUUUAACACACAUCCGCGCUCUCUUCUCCUCUCCUAAACUCGCCUUCUCAACCUCCUUGAUAAUGUUAAUCUGGGCUUUCAUCGGUCUCGGCUACCCCCUAUACAACGCCUACCUCCCAUACAUCCAAGCUACCCGAGGCGCCGAAUUUGGCGACGGCUCAACCUACCUCACCUACCGCAACUCCCUCAUCAUCGCAGUUCUAGGAAUCUCCGGUGCGAUUCUCGGUGGGUAUCUCGUGGACCUCCCCCGAUUUGGACGAAAGGGAACUCUGGCCGUAGCUACGGUAGCAACAGGCGUGUUUCUAUAUGCCUCCACGACAGCCAUGACCAGUAAUAGUUUGCUAGGAUGGAAUUGCGCGUUCAACUUUUGUAGUAAUGUCAUGUAUGCCGUGCUCUAUAGUUACACGCCGGAGAUUUUCCCGACAAAAGACAGGGGGACGGGAAACGCGUUGACGGCUACUGCGAAUCGGAUAUUUGGGAUUAUGGCUGUGAGUUCUUUCUUAUUCAUUUUCUUUCCUCUUCUUUUCUGUCCCGAGCUAGAGAUCGAUUAGAGAUCUGAUGCCGUUCCUGGUUACGGAUGAAUUAUUGACGCUUUUGCAUAGCCGAUCAUCGCCAUGUUCGCGAACCUGGAAACCAGUGCACCGGUAUACACUUCUGGGGCGCUGUUUAUCGUAGCUGGACUACUGGUCCUCGCAUUGCCUUUCGAGCCGCAGGGAAAAUCUAGUUUGUGAAAAUUUUCAGGAUCUGGUUGGGGUAGUAAAAUAAACGAAAAGGAAAGGUAAGUUGAGAUUGAAAUCUGAGUUUGAAGCUGGGCUUUUGUGGUUGAGCUUCGUAAUGAGAUAUCUGUGAAUAAGCAGCAUAUCAAGGACUGGAACCAUGAAAUGUUUAUUUGCGCAUGGGAUGAGGAUGGCAUAGCAGAAGUU